AUGGCCGACUCCGAACCAUUUCCUCUCCUCAACACAUCUGUCGACCACUUACACUCGGCUGUCGAACACCACGCUUCCUCUUCAAACUCCCGCAGCACACGACGUCGAAAGUCUAGCGCCUUGGGCCAGGACAUACGUGCCGGUGACACAGGCCCUGCACUCGCAACUUAUACGGCCGGCGACAGCCCUAUUCCGCCCUCCAGUCCUACCAAACGAAUCUCAAAACGCCGGCGUGCCCGCGGCUUCUUCUAUCGUUUCCGUCAGGCCAUGAUCAAACACACGUAUCUCGUGCCCGCCGCCGUCAUCGCCGUCGUCGCCGGCCUCUAUGCCGUGAACCCGACCGAAUCGAACCCAAUCUCUCGCUUCAUUUUCCUCUCCUACCGCCUACCUCCCGACCCCGCCAAACCCGAUGCGCCCACCCAGUAUGGAAAGGGCCUUUGGGACAUAGCCUUCGUGGCAUUCUACACCAUUGUUCUCACGUUUACUCGUGAGUUCAUAAUGCAGGAAUUCCUGCGACCACUCGCUCGUGCCGCUGGUUUGCGAUCUCGUGGGAAGCAGGCUCGGUUUAUGGAACAGAUGUAUACGGCCAUUUACUUCGCCUGUCUAGGUCCUGCUGGUCUGUACGUCAUGAGCAAGACGCCUGUUUGGUACUUCAGUACCCGUGGCAUGUAUGAGGACUUUCCUCACAUGACACACGAGGCCGGCUUCAAGUUCUACUAUCUCUUCCAGGCUGCGUACUGGGCACAACAGGCUCUGGUCCUGUUGCUUGGUUUGGAAAAGCCUCGCAAGGAUUUCAAGGAACUCGUGGGCCAUCACAUCGUCAGUCUUGCUCUGAUUGCCCUCAGCUACCGCUUUCACUUCACGUACAUGGGUCUUGCAGUCUACACGACCCAUGAUAUUAGUGACUUCUUUCUCGCUACGUCCAAGACACUCAACUAUAUCGACUCACCGAUUGUAGCACCGUACUUUUUCUUCUUCGUCAGCGUAUGGAUUUAUCUGCGUCACUACAUCAACCUCAAGAUCAUCCUAUCGCUCUUCACAGAGUAUACCACCGUCGGACCCUUUGAGCUCAACUGGGCGACCCAGCAGUACAAGUGCACACUGUCACAGUACAUCACCCUUGGUCUUUUGGGUUGUCUACAAGCCCUGAAUCUCUUCUGGCUCUUCCACAUUUUCCGAAUCGCAUACCGCUUCCUCGCCUACGACAUUGCAGAGGAUGACCGCAGCGAAGCCGAGGGCACGGACGCCGAGGACGAAACUCAGCAGAAGGCCCUGCCUGCGGAGGUGACCAACGGUCACACGACGGGCGCAAGCACCAGUGCGGCAGCAAAAGCUAGAGCCGUCAACGGUCGCGCGAGAUAG